AUGGCGAAGCUUAACGGGACGAAGCUGGGUGCUUUGCGGGCAUAUUUCUUUGGUUUCUUCAUUUGUCUGGCUGGCUUUCUCUUUGGUUAUGACACAGGCAUUGUUGGGGGGAUCCUAACCUUUCAGACCUACGAACAUGAUUUUGGAUAUACAGAUAAGACCACCGUCUCUGCAGUCAUGGUCAGUUUGCAGAACGUGGGAGCUUUCUUCGCCGCGUUAGGCAUUUUCCCCAUCUCGGAGCGUUAUGGCCGUAAAAAGACCCUCCAGUCCGCAUUGACUCUAUUCUGCAUCGGCGUCGUAUUGCAGGUUGUGCCGUCGCACUCCCUGGUCUGCUUCUAUAUCGGUCGUGUAGUCUCGGGCCUGGGUCUCGGUGGAGCCACUGCGGUAGUUCCCACCUACAGCGCCGAAAUGGCUCCCAAGGAAAUCAGAGGCAUGGUCGGAUCGGGCGUCCAGUGGCUGUUCUCUGCGGGUGUCCUGGUCAGCUACUGGAUUGACUACGGCGUACAGGUCACGCUGCCUGGUCAGUCCAAGCAGUGGCAGAUUCCAGUCGGUCUUCAGAUGGUGCCAGCUGCUAUCCUGGCUAUUGGCCUGUUCACCCAGCCGGAGAGCUGCCGCUGGCUCGCAAAGAAAGGACGCACGGAAGAGGCAUUCCAAAGCCUGUCGUGGAUGCGUGCCAGUGAGGGCCCUGAGGUCCACGCCGAGUUCAAUGAAAUCCAAAUUGGUUUGCAAGAAGAGUUGAAAGCAACGGAAGGCUUGAAGAAGCGCGAGUUGUUGGAACCCGCUAACCGAUAUCGUCUGUUGCUUGCCUUCUUCAUCUUCUGCGGCCAGCAAUGCACUGGCAUGACCGCCCUGGCGUACUACGGUCCCCAGUUCUUCAAGCUGAUUGUCGGUGACGACUCGCAGCGGUCACUGUUGGUCACUGGACUUUUCGGCGCAGAGAAGUUCGUGACGGUCGGAACUUAUAUCUUGUUCUUCUCAGAAAUGUGGGGACGUAAGCCGACUUUAUGGGUUACCAACCUGUUGAUGGCACUCUGCUUCGUCAUUGUGGUCAUUCUGAACAAAACGACCGACUCGCUUGAUGCAGAGGGCAAUCCCUCCUCUGCUGGAAUUGCCACCGUCGCCAUGAUCUUCAUCACCAACUCCAUCUAUCAGUUCGGUUGGGGUCCCUUGCCGUGGCCGUAUACAACAGAGAUCUUCCCUUCCCGAAUCCGGGAGAUCGGCUCCUCUGUUGCCGUGUCAACCCAGUGGCUGUUCAACUUUCUCUUCUCCUUGACUACUCCAUAUAUGAUCAGUGCCUGGAGCACGUACACCUUCCUCUUCUAUGCCGUCUUAGAUGUUAUUAUGGCUGUUCUGGUCUUCAUGUUCGUGAAAGAGACCAAGGGAAAGAGCUUGGAGGAGAUGGAAACCAUUUUCCACAGCAAGGCAGCUUUUGAUGUUGAGGCUAUUCGCCACGACGGGCAGGUGGUUCCAGCUGAGAAUGUGAGCUCAUUGCAAGUGCACCAGAAAGAACCAGAUGCAAAGCACGGCAGCAGCGACUCCGAUUAA